AGUAGCAAAGUGCGCAUGCGUAUGACAAAGCGGCCGGCUAGUGGUGUUGUUUUGUUUUUUUCCAAGCUCAGUGAGACUGCAGACGAGACGCCAGUUCAUCACUUUAUCGAACUCGCUUCACACACGCGUGGACGUCGCUAACUUAUUUAACACAACUAAGAACAACAGUCCAAACAAUUUGAUGACAAAGGAGCUCGUGCUCGGUCAGGGCUGUUUUUGGUUUGUUUUUUUGAUCUUGUAAGGAAGCGUGCUGGGACUGAUAGAAGAUGUGUGCUGCUGUGUAUGUCCUGUCAACGGUAACGGGCUACGUGCUCACCUCUGCCCUGCUGCUAAAAUGCCCAAAUCUUCUGCAUCGAAAGAAGCGAGAGACUUUCGUCAGCAAGCACAUUUCUCACCGUGGAGGGGCAGGUGAAAAUCUGGAAAACACCAUGACGGCUUUCAAGCACGCUGUGGAUGUCGGCACAGAUAUGCUGGAGCUGGACUGCCACCUGACAAAAGAUGAGCAGGUAGUGGUUUCACAUGAUGGCGACUUGCAGAGGACCUGCGGCAUCAACACCAACAUCUCCGAUGUAACCUACUCUGAACUCCCUCCAUACCUCUGCAGGCUGGGUGUAACCUUUCAGCGAGAGUGCUUCUGCGAAGGAGGAGAGGACAAACGCAUCCCUCUCCUCAGGGACGUGUUUGACGCAUUUCCCAACACUCCUGUCAACAUUGACAUCAAGGUUAACAAUGACACGCUCAUCAAGAAGGUCUCCGAGCUGGUCGUGAAGUAUGACAGAGAGCAUCUGACUGUCUGGGGCAACGCCAGCAACCAGAUUGUGAAAAAGUGUUACAAAGAGAACCCUCAUAUUCCAGUGUUGUUCAGCUUGCCCAGAGUGUUGCAGCUGUUAGGCCUCUUCUACACUGGCCUCCUGCCCUUUGUUCCAAUCAAGGAGCAGUUCCUGGAGAUCCCCAUGCCCUCCAUUAUCACCAAACUGCAGGAUCCCAGCAGGUUAACUAGAGGUCAGCGAUUUAUUGCCUGGCUGGCAGACACUUUGCUGAUGAGGAAAGCUCUUUUUGACCAUUUAACAGCUCGGGGAAUUCAGGUGUACAUUUGGGUGCUGAAUGACGAGGAUGACUUUCAGAGGGCGUUUGAUUUGGGAGCCACGGGAGUUAUGACAGAUUUUCCCACCAAGCUUAAAGACUUCAUGGACAGGAACAGCCUUUCCAAAGCGGAGUGACCUGCCAAAAUCUACCUCACCCCACCUCUCACCAGUGAUUAUCCUUCAGGCCCACUGACCUGCCAGACCAGCCCCCAACACGCACCCACUUUUACUGCAGGCAUUCCAGCACAGCUACUCUCACACUGUGUUUUACAGUCUGUAGGAACUCCAACAUGCUCUGUAUCCAGCACAAGUAUUAGGAACCAGGUGUUGUACAUGUAGUGGUAGCACAUACUCCUGUUUUUCAUUACUCAUACUAAACAGUGUGAUCAUAUUAGAGCUUGACUGAUAUUGGGCCCUGUCACAGAGACAGUAUAUCGCCACAGGCUUACAGAUUUUCUGAUAUGACCCAAAAUUAAACUUAUUUGGGUAAUUUAGUUUACAAUCCUCUCAGCAAUGACUGCAGCAGAUGGCGGUGCAGUCAUGCGAUGUCUUCACAGUAAGUUGGUAAGUUACGACAAGUAUAUUUUGAAAAAGUUAAUAAAAAUGAUUGCCAUUAUAACACAAAUAUACUGCAUGCAUUUACAAUAUUUUAGAUGCAUAAAUGAUGAAAUCUGAAUGUUUUUUUUAGUCACAAAAAAUUAUUAGUAUUAUUAUUAUCCAAGGUGCGUUCCUUUGCACACACAUACACAAACAUACCCAUAUAACAGUAUAUUUCAGUUAGGAGCACGAACUUAAUUGAAACCACUUGAUCUUUCUUUUUUUUUUUUUUUUUU